CUGUGACGGUGGCAACAGCACAGCAGCGGGAGGGUCGAACACUCCAGGGCUGAGUCUGCCGCGCCGUCCGGGGCUCACGCAGGGUCCUACCCGGCGGCGCGAGGCAGCUGAGGGAGGGCCGAGGGCUUUGGCUGCUGCGACUUCGGCUUCCCUGAGGGGUAGCCCAGGUCAGGAUGCGGCGGAGCCCCCGCCCAGGCUCGGCCGCAUCCUCUCACAAUCACACACCCAACUUCUACAGCGAGAACAGCAAUAGUUCCCACAGCGCGACUUCGGGGGACAGCAAUGGGCGCCGGUCCGCUGGGCCGGAGCUCGGGGAGCCGGAGGGCAGAAGGGCCCGGGGCUCCAGCUGUGGUGAGCCCGCCUUAAGCUCAGGAGUGCCCGGAGGAGACACAUGGGCAGGAAGCUCUCGGCCGAAGCUGGCGCCUCGGAGCCACAAUGGGCAGACCGCCUGUGGCGCGGCAACCGUGAGGGGCGGGGCCUCGGAACCGUCUGGGUCUCCUGCAGUCUUGGAGGAACAACUCAACCUUCUCCCGAUCCUGGAUCUGAGGCAGGAGAUGCCUCCCCCGCCGGUGUCCAAGAGCUUCCUGAGCCUCUUCUUUCAGGUGCUCAGCGUGUUUUUAUCCUUGGUAGCCGACGGGCUGGUCUGUGUGUACAGGGAAAUCUGCUCCAUCCGCUUCCUGUUCACCGCUGUGUCGCUCCUGAGCAUUUUUCUGGCAGCACUCUGGUGGGGGCUCCUGUACCUGAUCCCUCCUUUGGAGAAUGAGCCUAAGGAGAUGCUGACUCUAAGCCAAUACCACCACCGCGUGCACUCCCAGGGCCAGCAACUGCAGCAGCUCCAGGCAGAACUGAGUAAACUCCACAAGGAGGUGACCAGUGUUCGUGCAGCCCACAGCGAGAGAGUGGCCAAGCUCGUGUUCCAGAGGCUGAAUGAGGACUUCGUGCGCAAGCCUGACUAUGCAUUGAGCUCUGUGGGAGCCUCCAUCGACCUGGAGAAGACAUCCAGUGACUACGAGGACCGGAAUACUGCCUACUUCUGGAACCGAUUGAGCUUCUGGAACUACGCCCGCCCACCCUCUGUCAUAUUGGAGCCAGAUGUGUUCCCUGGAAAUUGCUGGGCUUUUGAAGGUGAGCAAGGCCAGGUGGUGAUCCGACUGCCAGGUCAUGUGCAGUUAAGCGACAUCACCCUGCAGCACCCUCCACCCACUGUGGCACACACCGGAGGAGCCAGCAGUGCGCCCCGGGACUUCGAAGUCUUUGGGCUCCAAGCUGAUGAUGAUGAGACUGAAGUGUUCUUGGGAAAAUUCAUCUUUGAAGUGCAGAAAUCUGAAAUUCAGACUUUCCACCUCCAGAAUGACCCUCCAUCUGCCUUCCCCAAGGUGAAGAUUCAGAUUCUAAGCAACUGGGGCCACCCACGCUUCACAUGCUUAUAUCGAGUCCGUGCCCAUGGUGUGCGGAUCUCAGAGUCGGCAGAGGAUAAUGCCACGGGGGUCACAGGGGGACCCCAUUAAAAAUGCUGAUGGUUGGAGUAGAA